AUGCCUCCGCCACCACUGUUCUCCAACAUCGACACCUCUCCGCCACCACUCCCUUCCGACAGCGUCUAUACCUCCUGCUAUUGUGAAGAGAACAUCUACCUCCUCGCUCAAGCAUUUACUCAACUUUCGGAUGCCGACUCCACUGCGGACGACCGUGGGCCCUGGCCGUGGCAGAUCUACGUCGUUUUCAUCUCCAACGGCGGUAAAACGGUCGCUCUCUGGAGCCAGAAGACACCUAGUGGCGUCGUCGUCUGGGAUUAUCACGUCGUACUCGUUCUAUUACCCCGCACCCCACUUGACCCCGGGUCUGAUGGCGCCCCCACGCCCGAGUCGGACUCGCAGGGCACUGCGGAGCGCCAUGCCUGGGUCUACGAUUUUGACACGACCCUCCCUGUGCCCUGCUCAUGGAUAGACUACAUCGCGGGGACGUUUCCCUAUGCCGCCGCGCGCGCCCGCAGCUGCGUCGACGAGAGGUUCCACAGCGUGUUCAGAGUCAUACGCGCCGACGUGUAUCUUGAUCACUUUGCCUCCGACCGGUCGCACAUGAUCACCCCCGCGUUGACGACGGACGUGGAGACGCAGCGCCCGAGCGGUGGCGCGUCGGAAGGUCGGGGGAGAAUCGACGAAGCCCCGGAAGUGGCAGAAGAGGGCCCAAGAUAUGCCAGCCCGCCACCGGGGUACCCACCGAUAUGUGGUGCGAAGGCGCGGGCGCUGGGGAUCACAGACAACCUGAUGCGAUCCUUCGUGGCGAUGGACGCGCUGCCGGCCCCGCUCGCCGAGGAACCUGUAACCCGGCGCGAAGGCGAAGACGAGGGUUCAGGGUCAAUGGGGAGCGAGGCAGUUCGGUAUGGGCAGGUGACGGACAUGGUCGGCUUCUUGAACUGGCUGGCUGGGAGUCCGGACGCGGGGCGUGAGGAGCGGGAGGACAUGUGCUGGACGGAACGGGUGCGCGGGGUCUGUCGGUGAGCAGGGCUCGAGAGCGGUCUGUGCCCUCCGAGAGGGGCGGCUGCGCGGGGAUGUGUAAGCUACGGGGUGCACGCGACAUUCAAUAAGGAUUUGCCACAGUUUG